CCGCCCCCACCUCCUCCCUCGCUCCCACCCGCCCAUGCCGCCUAUCCGCGCCCCUCUCACACACUCCCGACCUCCUCCCGGCGUGCCACCGCCCCUGCUCCUCCCUCCUCCAGGAGGACGCACCGCCGCCCCUGUUCUUCCUUCCUCCUGUCGGCAUGUGCGCCGCCGCCCCUCUGGCCGUCGCCGGCAUCCCGUUCGACCCCGUGGAUCCGAGGAAGAUGGAGACAAUGGAUGAUGGGAAGGAGCAGCGGCUGCCUCGUGGUGACCUCGUGGAAGCAGACGGUCAACAAAGACCACCAUCGAGGCUGCUACUAGUUGAUCGAGGGUCUGAUAAUGGACGUGACACAGCCGCUGGAGAGGAGAUUAUAAUAUGGAAAAUAGCAGUAGAGGAGGAAGCUGGAGCUGGUAGAUCAAUUGAGCAAGAGUUCCAGACCCAGGUUACUCCAAGAACAAGUGCCUCAGAAAAGAUGAGGGGCCGUAGUGCGCGCGAGGGAAGCGGAGGCCGCCGCGCCGGUGGCCGCGGCCGAGGGUUAUGGGCUUGCAGCAUGCAGAAGCCUCCUGUCGCACCCACCGUCGAUAUCCCCGUCAUGUGCUACCAGAUCCUGGGUGUCACGGGGAAGACCAACAAGGAAGAUGUGGUCAAGUUGGUGAUAGAGCUGAAGAAAACGGAGAUGGAAGAUGGGUACAUGGAAUAG